UGAAGGCCAUGGCGAGGAGAGUGUUUGCCGUUUUUGUACUCUCAGGUCUGUGCCAAUUCGUCGACUCUCUUUACCAUCACCAGUACCACUUCGUCAACGAGUCCAAAGAGUGGUCUGAGGCCCAGCAGUACUGCAGAGCGACGCACACUGAUUUGGCCACCGUCAAUGAUGAGCACGACUUGGCCCAGCUAGCUAGUCUGGUGGACUAUGGUGUUCCCUAUGUGUACAUAGGUUUGUACAGAAGCUGGGGAUGGUCUCUGUCUGAAGAUGACGACUACAAAGAAGGAGAACCUGCGUUCUGGAACUGGGCAAGCGGCGAGCCCAUGAAUCAUUUUUGUGGAAGCAUUUCGUCGACCGGAGAAUGGUAUGCCACAGACUGCAACGUACGCAUGAGCUUCUUCUGCUACGAUGGCUUUGCCGCUGAUAUUUCCGAAAGGUUUACUUUCGUGGACUUACCCUUAGACUGGCUCAGUGCUCAGGCUCACUGCAGGAACAUGCACACAGACCUGGCAAGAGUGCGCAACCAGCUGGAAAACGCGCUUCUGCAGAGCAAGGUGGGAUCCCUGGUGUGGUUUGGGCUGACAAGGAUGUCCUGGAUGUGGUCGGAUGGGAGUGAACCCACAUUCGUACCCUGGGAACCCCUCAAGGUGCAGGAUGCUGGGCUCGGUGACUAUGCCGCGAUUGAUGUCGACAGCAGCCAUCUUGGGAUGAUAGAACGGAGCUCAGCUGAAAAACGGCCCUUUUUCUGUUACAGUGGUAAACAGCUCUUUAUGCCAUAGCAAACUGUGAUGUUAAAACUUUACAUUGUACAUUUACUAGAGAGCCAACUAAGUUCUGUGUUAAGUGUCAAGUAUUUUCCAUAUUAGGACAUGUUUGACAUUUAAAUUAAGUUAUUAUAACUUAAGUUCAGGAACUAGGCCGCGCCUCACAUCUCUUACUUAUUAAAGUGUGUCCUAACUGUCUCUCUAUCGCUGUUCGUCUCAGUUCUAAACCCCCGCCCUCGGCAUCCCUCUCUUUCUUGUCUUCCUCUUCCACCUUUCAUUAUAGGAACCAGGGGACAAGAACCUGAAACUUCCUGAGAUGUGUCUCAAACUCCUCUUCAUCCCUUUUCAUCCCAUUCCGUUGACUCCUUUUCAUCCCAUAGACUUUGACCCCUCUCCUCCCUUCCCUCAUCAGACUACUAGUCUACCAAAAAACUUCUUUAGAUCAAUUAAGGCGUCGCCUUCGUUAGUGUACUUGCUCUUCAAAUCCAUGAGGGAUUACAGGACAUAUGGAAAAUACCACCUACCAAUGUUUGAGUUUGAUAUGAUGAAGAUGUGAAACUUUAACUGAAGUUAAAUUAUAAUCUCACCAGUUCCAGUGAGGAAGCGCAUUGUGAAACUGACGUUGGCUGCCCCCAAAUCUUCAGUGGACGUGGAAGAUCAUGCAGUGAGGGAGUCCAUCUUGGAAUGGGUAACUUUUGAAGAAGUUCUGCCUGCCCAUAUAAAGUCAGAAAAAUGCAUAAAAUUUUAUGGUCAUGAAUAUCUUUUCCAGGUGUUUAUAUAAGUGUACAUGUGUUUAGUACCCAAGGGUUCCCUAAUAGAACUGAGAGCACCCUCUAGAAGAGACGGUGGCUAUGUUUACUUUAAAAAUAUUAUAACCUGAAUAACAGCCCAAUCAGAAUAAAAAAUGUUUUCUCUCGGUCUGACUGAGAAAACUGGUGUAAACUUUUGAUAGCUAGUCUAAUAGGAAUAUUAAUAAUAACCAUGUAAACACUUGAUCUGAUCAUUUCACCCCUUGUGAGGUAAAACUUAGACAAAGUGAUGAAUUUCCAGGGACAGACAUAAAUAUGUAUUUAGAGGCAUGGUGAAAAGAUGGUGUUGUCAUGUGUAAAACGCCCUGUGUGACCUUUAAAUUCCCCUUUUCUCUUGUACAGGUUAAAAUGAUGCUGAGAAGUAACGGUGCAUCUAAAGAUGUAAAAGUGAGCUGGAGGAAGUUCUCGUAGAGAAAACAUGAGAACAGAGAAGUUCACGUUUUAAUUAAAAAGCUUGAUAUGAACUAAGCGUUCUGUUAAUUUACGAUGUCACUUUACUCCAUAUGUUAUGUCUUUAAUUUCCAGGCAAUAUACAAAAUACUGAAUUAUAUUGUAUUGGUAUUCACUAUUUAGUUACUUGUGGAAAAUUUAACUGCAAAACUGUCAGAUCUCUCCAUUGGUUGUUUUGAGCAACUGUUUUUUCAAGAAGGGUCUAAGUGCUAAAAGAACCACAAUGACUAAAAUUUGAAAUUUUGUAUCUCCUUUGGAAUUUUGCAUCUACUUUGGAACUUUGCAUCUACUUUGGAAUUUUGCAUCUACUUUGCAUCAAGUACAACAAAAACAAGUGUCCCUGCUAUUUGCAUCCCAUGGCGCAGCCUUUAGAGGACUGUUUCUAAAACCCCAGAGACAGUGGAAUCUUUCAGAUAAAAUGCAACCUCAAAGAUCAGGCCAUGUUUGUAGUAAUAAAGUGAUUAAUAUUUAUUUUAAAAAAUAUUCCCAUCUGAAAUGUGCUUCUAUGCUCUUUUACAGUCAAAUCUACAUAUUUAUUUAAAAAUAAAGUAAUUGUAUGUAUUUUAAAUAAAAGAAAUACAUAUUACUUUUUAGUGAUAUUUAGUCCUUAUAUAACUUAUUUGCAACAUGCCUUCCUGUUUAGAUGCUGUGUGUACUCUAUAUUGCAUAAUCACUGUAACUCUCAUAUGUUAUACUGUCAUUGUGCUUUUCUAUACACGUAUUCUAUGAUUAUGCAUUUGCAUGUAAUAAUGCUUUUAUCUCAUGGCUUGAUUUAAUUUUAUGGAUGGUGUAUCUCUCUGGA